GGCAGCAGUGUUGCUGAGUGCCACGUUGAUGGAGACCAGUGGGGACGUGGAAAUCUGUCUUGAGUCUGUAGUCGGGACCCGGUAGCCUCUCCUGUUAUUACAACCCCUAAUCCAAGUCGAGCCGAGAGAGGAACCUUUACAGUCGUAGAAGUGUUUGUCAACUAUUGUAUGUGUGUGUUCAUGUAAGACGGGGGCAAAGAAAGGAAGGAUGAAACUUAAGGAGAUUAACCGCACAGCCAUCCAGAGCUGGAGUCCUGCACAGCACCACCCCAUCUACCUUGCAACAGGAACAUCAGCCCAGCAGCUGGAUGCCUCCUUCAGCACCAAUGCCUCGCUGGAGUUUUUCGAGUUGGAUUUGUCAGACCCAUCUCUGGACAUGAAGUCAUGUGGCAGCCUUGUCUCCUCUCACAGAUACCACAAACUGGUAUGGGGCCCCUAUGGGAUAGAUUCCCAAGGUAACCCGUCUGGGGUCCUUGUUGCCGGAGGCGAGAAUGGUAACGUCAUUCUGUACGACCCGGCUAAGAUCAUGGCUGGAGAGACCAACGUCAUCAUUGCAGAGAGUGACAAGCAUACAGGGCCUGUCAGAGGACUCGACGUCAACCCCUUCCAGACAAAUCUGGUUGCAUCAGGUGGGAAUGAGUCUGAAAUCUAUAUCUGGGACAUGAAUAACUUUGGCUCUCCAAUGACACCAGGACCUAAAACUCAGCCUCUGGAGGACAUCAGCUGUGUUUCGUGGAACAGACAGGUCCAACACAUCCUGGCCUCUGCCAGCCCGAGUGGCCGAGCCUCAGUAUGGGACCUCCGCAAGAACGACCUCAUUAUCAAAGUCAGCGACCACAGCAACAGAAUGCAUUGUUCCGGGCUGGCUUGGAACCCAGAAGUUGCCACUCAGCUGGUUUUGUCCUCGGAAGACGAUCGAAUGCCGGUCAUCCAGAUGUGGGACUUACGCUUUGCUUCCUCUCCUCUCAAGAUUUUUGAGAAUCACACACGGGGUGUCCUAUCCAUCGCCUGGAGUCUGGCUGAUCCUGAUCUGCUCCUGAGCUGCGGAAAAGACAACAGGAUUCUGUGCUGGAACCCUAACACAGGAGAGGUGCUGUACGAGUUGCCCACCAGCAGUCCGUGGUGCUUCGACAUCCAGUGGUGUCCCAGAAACCCCGCAGUGCUGUCGGCCGCAAGCUUUGACGGACACAUCGACAUCUAUUCCAUCAUGGGAGGAACCAACACGGCGCAGAGCCAGAGACGAGCUGACCAGAUUAGCAACUCGUUUGGGAACAUGGAUCCUUUUGGCACAGGGCAAACUUUGCCCCCGCUGCAGCUGCCUCAGGCUCCUGCUCCUCCAACGACAAUCAACCCUCUGAAGAAGCCCCCCAAGUGGAUCCGCAGACCUGUAGGAGCCUCGUUUGCGUUUGGAGGUAAGCUGGUAUCGUUGGAAAACAGCAAGCCGAACCCGCAGCAGCCUCAGCAGCGCUCCUCACACGUCGUACAUGUCAGCCAGGUCGUCACAGAAACAGCUUUUCUGAAGCGCUCUGAUCAGCUGCAGGCCACGCUGAGUGCAGGGAGCUUUGUGGAGUUCUGCCAGGAGAAGAUCGUGGGAGCUGAAAAUGAGUUUGAAAAGACUCUUUGGUCUUUCCUCAAGGCUAAUUUUGAAAGUGAUAUCCGCAGCAAGUACCUAGAACUCCUUGGGUACAACAAAGAGGAGCUCGCCUUAAAGAUUUCAGCAGCAUUAGAGGAAAAGCCUGCUGACCCUCCACAGGUGGAGGUUCCCGCCCCUGUCAGCCUGCAGCCUUUACCAGACCUCAGCCUUAUUCCUGCCGCUGAAUCUCCCGAGGCAGCGUUCGACAUCAUUGCGGCUGCCGCAGUCCUGCCGCCCAUUGACAACCCAGAAGCAGCUUUUGACAUGAUCGCUGCUGCAGUCGUGCCUCCAGCUGGCACUGCAGUUCUGCCGCCUGUUGACAACCCAGAGGAAGCCUUUGACAUGAUCGCAGCCGCUGCAGAUGUCCUCCCCCCUGCCGCCUCAAUCAUGCCACCUGCUGAAAGUCCAGUGGCAGCGUUCGACAUGAUCGCCGCCGCGGCAGAUGUACGUCCAGCGGACACCACAGUCAUGCCGCCUGCUGAAACUCCAGAGGCAGCGUUUGACAUGAUCGCUAAUGCAGAGCAAGCCUUUAACAUGAAUGCUGCUGAGUUGUUGCAGCCUGCUGACACGCCUGAAGCAGUGUUCAACGUUAAUGCUGCUGCAGUUUUGUCGACUGCUGCCAACUUAGAGCAAGCCUUUAACCUAAAUGCUGCUGCACUGUUGCCGCCUGCUGACACUCCUGAAGCCGCUUUCGACCUGAUCGCAGCUGCAGUCGUGCCGCCUGUGGACAACCCCUUGGAGGCCUUUGACAUGAUCGCCGCUGCAGCAAACCUUGAGCCUGCAGCCACGCUGGAACUAGACUCCGCUCCUGACCCUGAGACUGAACAGCCACCAGCGGAAGAUCUAGAAGUCACUCCUGCCUGCGAAUCAGAAGAGAAUAUGGACCAGGUUCUCCUAGAGGAGGAAGCAGAGGAAGAGGAGAUCCCUUGGGACAAGGAGGAGGCAGCAGCACCAGUGGAGGAGGAACCCAGUCCUGCUGAGACCUUAGCUCCAGUCGAGGAACCCGUUGAGGAGCCUGUUGAGUUUCCAGCCCCAGCUUUAGUGCCAGAUCCAGCUCCAACUCAGGGUCCUGCUCUGGCUCCAUCUCCAAUUCCAGAUGCAGCUCCCGUUCUAGCUCCUGCUCCCACUCCUGCUCCAGUUCACACUCCAGCCCAAUCAGAAGGAGUCAGUCUCAGCAUCGGUCAAGAUGUGGACGGGCUGAUCACACAGGCGCUGCUGACCGGAGACUUCGAGGGAGCUGUGGAGCUCUGUCUCCAUGACAAUAGAAUGGCAGACAGUAUCAUCCUGGCCAUCGCCGGAGGAGCAGACCUCUUAGAGAAAACACAGAAGAAGUACUUUACGAAGAAACACAGCAAGAUAACCAAGCUGAUCAGUGCAGUGGUGAUGAAGGACUGGCACGACAUCCUGAACACCUGUGAGCUGCAGAACUGGAAGGAGGCUCUGGCUGCCGUCAUGACCUACGCUGAGCCAGAGAAAUUCUCUUCCCUCUGCGACCUUCUCGGGGACAGACUGGAGGCCGGAGAAGAUGCCCAACUGCAGGCGCAGGCCUGUCUGUGUUACAUCUGUGCUGGAAAUGUGGAGAAACUUGUGUCAUGCUGGACCAAGUCACAAAAUGGGCACUGUCCACUCUCCCUCCAGGACUUGGUGGAGAAGGUGGUGGUGUUGCGUCGUGCCGUGGAGCAGACUCAGCGUUCUGGUCCCGCUGCUAUUGGCAUCCUGCUGGCUGAGAAGCUGAGUCAGUAUGCAAACCUGCUGGCCUCCCAGGGCAGUCUGUCCACCGCCAUCACCUACCUGCCCGACAACACCAACCAGGUGUCCGUGCAGCAGCUUCGGGACCGUCUCAGUCGGGCUCUGGGGCAGCAGGCAGCGGCUCCUGCAGCUGCUGCAGCUCCAGCAGCUCCCGUACAAACGCAGAAAGUUCAGCCCCAGCCUCCGGCCCCGACUCAGCCUCAGCCCGCGCUGCCCCGCCCUACGUUUACCCCGAUCCAGCCCGCCAUGGUGCCUCAGCCCCGUGCAGCAGCCCCUCCUAUAGCCUUGCCUACGCCUGCUGCCUCUGCCCCAGCACAGCCGCAGUAUUACCAGCCGGUGAGGGCUGCCUCUACUGUCACUUCCUGGAGUAACCAAACUCCCACAGCCCUCCCCCAUCACCCUCCUCCUCCUCAAAUAGGCAGGGCCUCAGAGCAGCAGGUGGAGCCUUCAAACCAAAUGUACGGGAUGCCGCCCCCCGGCACAGACGCUCAACCUCCUGUCUCCUCCACUCCUGCUUACAUGUACUCCCAUCAGUACCAGCCCUACUCCCAGGUCAACCAGUACCAGCCUGGAGCUGGGGGGGCACCUGUCUAUCAGCCUCUGCAGUAUUCCUCUGCUGCUGCUCCUCCUGCAGAGCCCGCCGGCUUUCUCUCUCACUACACACAGCCCACAUCUCCGGUCUAUCCCGGACCUCCUCCCAUCAGCCAGUGCCCGUCCUCCUCUUCUUCCUCAUAUCCUCCUUUCUAUCCAUCCUCCUCUUCCUCCUUUGCCGCUCCUCCAACCUCCGGGGCGCCUUUCCAGCAUGGCGGGCCAGGAUCUCCUGUGUCGUACAUGCCUCCUCCUCCGCCUCUUCAACAGGGCGGAGUCUCAGGUCCUCAGAACGGCUGGAAUGACCCUCCGGCCCUGAACAGAGCCUCAAGGAAGAAGUCGAAUCCAACAAACUACACCCCUCCUACCCCCAUCACUGCUCCCAUCAUGGCUCCUCUGGGCACUGACCCCCAGGCUCAGCCAGUUUCAUCUGGGGCCCCUCAGGUUAUGGGUCAGGGCCAGCACGGUGCCCAGGUCCCGUACUCAGGCAUGCAGCAGCAGCAUCAGCAGUUCUCCCCUCAACCCAUGAACCCUGCGAUGCCUAAGACCAGUAUGGAGGGGGCCCCAGGAGCCCCUACUGGAGAUGUUAUACAGCCUCUGCAGUCCAUCCCUGCUGAGAAGAUCAUGAAGAAGCCCAUCCCUGAUGAGCACAUGAUCCUGAAGACCACCUUUGAGGGGCUCAUCCAGAAAUGCCUGGCUGUGGCUAUGGACCCUCAAACUAAGAGGAAGCUCGAUGAUGCCAACAAACGUCUGGAAGCGCUCUACGAUAAACUCCGAGAGCAGACACUUUCUCCCGCCAUUGUUGGAGGACUUCAUAACAUCGCCCGGAGUGUAGAGUCCCGAUCCUACCAGGAGGGCCUCAACAUCCACACACACAUAGUCAGUAACAGCAACUUCAGCGAGACGUCGGCGUUCAUGCCCGUGCUCAAGGUGGUGCUGACGCAAGCCAACAAACUAGGGGUGUGAUGGGGCAGAAACUCCUCCGAGUCUUUGACCCGUGCAAAAUGAAGAGAGAGGGGCCGGGCUCGUGUCACAGGGAGCUCCAGGAUGACUCACAGUGCAAAUGAUGGAAGAGUUGGGAGAGAGUUAUAUGGAAGUCAUGUUCUUCUAUGUGCCAUUCAUGUUUUCUGACACAACUCAAACACAAGCCAUGCUAUCAGUCGCGCUCAGUGGUGAAAGUAAAUUCUGAGUCCUGUGCAAACAAAUACUCACAAUAUAUAAAGGGAUGGACACUAGUUCAAUUCAAAUUCUACCGUAAUCUACCAACAUUCUAAAAAAUGACACUAGCUUUAAAUAUAAACUUGUGGCAAAAUAAAUUGACUUUAGAAUAUAAUAAAUAUGCAAUUAGCAUUACAAAUGAGAAAUCUUUAAUAACCAUCAAAAUAUAAGGAAGGCCGAGCUUUAUAACAGUAGAUGUGAAAAUAAAUAUUACAUUUAAAGUGUGAAAAGCGGCAACUCGAAAUUUAAAGGCAUUUUUAAAUUUAAUUGUCUUGAGAUGUUUGAAAUAAAAAGUAGUCUAUUUCAAGGAAAAUUUGAAUGAAUUUGGCAUUUACAGCAGACUGCUGCUGAUAUAGAAGGGAAACAUGCUUUCAUCCGUGCGAUCAACACACAGCAAUCAAUUUAACAUAUUUGUUCAUCUUUUAUUGUCUUACUAUAUUUGUGCACUACAAUAAUGCUCAGAUACCUUUAUAAUCCAUUAAAACAUAGAUUUUAUGAACAAAAUGUUGCUUUGUUUAACAUAAAUGUGCACAUGCAUUUUGCAACUGAUCUGCAGAUGACAAGGUGGAUUAAAUAUUAGUAGUACGAAACGGCAUUAGAUUGAUUUAAAAGCCAGUAUUCCAACUGUAGAGGCAUUUAAAUCUGAAUUGUUUUUAAGGUACCUAACAUGACUUUAGUUAGAACUUUAAUCCCCUGCUUAUACUAUCUUACUUUCACCACUGGUGUCACUACAUACAACACAUUGGACCAAGAUAUUGUCGGUGUGGGAUAUGUCACUGCAAAGCAAUGCAAAUCCCCAUUUUUGGAUGUUUAAAUGUUUAAUUCAUGUUUUAGUUUUUUUCAGUGUAAUCAUGAGGCUCAGCAGAGUGCAAUGACCUUUUUUUUUUUAAAGAGACUUUGCUUUUAUGGAAAUUUAAAGUAUGCAUGCUUAAACAAACGCUAACUGUCUUCUUUAAUGGCUUUGGAGAUAAUUAACGGCUCAUUAAUUAGACCAGAGAAGGAAACUGGAAAGAGACUUGUACUUGAUUUUCAUUCCAACUAUGAUGAGGGCUCCAGUCUGAGGGGUCAACCUCAGUUUAUGUUGUUAAUAAAGGAAAACAAGUCUUUGUUUAAGAUUGACUACAUGCAAUAUUUUCAAUAAAUAGUAUUUAUUUACAAUAUGA